AUGGAGAUGAGGAGAGGUGCUGAGCGUUUGCUCGUUCUGUCUGACAGGGGCAAUGAUGUUCUCUCUGGGCUGUCUAGACAGCUGGGUGUGAGAAUGAUGCCAACUGGACGAAUCUGGUGGUGUUUGUGGGCUCCGCUUUUGUUACUGGCCCUCACUGCCUGUAUCCCCAGUAAAGCCCAGAGCCAAGUUCCAGCUCCAAGGAGGCUGCGCUUCAAGGUGCUGAGUUCAAGCACACUCCUCAUUUCCUGGAGGGAGCCCAAAGGAGAGGUUGACAGAUACCUGCUUCUCUACAACAGCAUACCAGGUGGUCAGCAGAAGGAAAUCAUUGUGUCCAAAUCUCACACUAAGGUGUUGAUAACAGACUACGAUCCUUCUAAAGGCUACACCUUCAGUAUUAUCGCGGUCAGAGGCAGCGAGCAGAGCAGACCACUUCAGGGCAGAUUUAAAGUGGAUCAGUUUGUGUGCCACAAUGAGGCCAUUGCAGAUAUUGUAAUCCUGGUGGAUGGCUCCUGGAGUGUUGGUCGGGUCAACUUCAGGCUGGUCCGCAUGUUUUUGGAAAAUCUGGUGAACGCUUUUGAUGUUGGCACCGAUAAGACAAGGAUAGUAGCUCUUCCUUCAGUCACCACCCUCAAGCUGUUUAAUGUGACUCAAAGCACCAUGACGGCAAGAUGGGACGACAUAAAUGGAGUUUCAGGCUACACGCUGCUUUAUACCGCUCUGACAGAUGAUGGAAACUUUGAAAAGAAAGAGGUCAAGGUAUCUGACGCCGUAACGGAGCUGGAGCUAGAUGGUUUGAUCCCUGAAACUGAAUAUUCUGUCACUGUUUACGCCAUGCAUGGAGAUCAGACAAGUGACCCCAUCACAAAUCAGGCCUCCACGUUACCACUGAGUCCUCCCAGGAACCUCCAGUUUUCUGACAUCACUGACAACUCUGCCCACAUCAGCUGGGAUCCAGCAUCCAGUGGGGUUAAAGGUUACCACAUCAUGUGGGUCAAGACGGAUGGAACAGUUGCAGAGGAGGCAGAAGUGGGUCCAGUAACCUCCUAUGACCUCAGUGAGCUGAUGUCUUUGAUGGAGUACUCUGUGGCCAUCUUUGCCCUUUACAAUGAAGGCCAGUCGGAGCCGCUCACUGAUGGCUUUACUACCACUCCUGUUCCUGGUCCUCUAAAUCUGCACUCGACUGAUGUCAACGCAGACAGCUUUAGGGUCAGCUGGGAUCACUCAGCAAAUGACAUUGUCCUCUACAGACUUUCCUGGGCGCAACUCACUGGUGGCAACACAAAAGAGGUGGUAUUGAGUGGAAGUGACAAUGAGUACAUCCUCACGGGUCUUAGUCCCUCCACUGAGUAUGAAGUCAUGCUGACGGCCAUCUUCACAGAUAACACGGAGAGUGACACAGUCUCUGUCACAGAGAGGACAAUGGCUAAGACAACAACGGUUUCCUCAACUACGGUGUCACGACAUGCCGUGAAAAAGCUCUAUCUGAGAGAUGAGACCACCCAGAGCUUAGAUGCAUCGUGGGAGUUGGAAGACCCAAAUGUGGAGAACUAUAGAGUGUUCUACGCCAGCCUGAGUGGUGAUCACAAAGAGUCUGUCUUAGUUGGUGGUGGUCAGAAAAGAGCAGUGCUCCAGCCUUUACUCCCAGACACCCAGUACAAAGUGAUAGUCACACCCAUGUACCGCGACGGACAAGACGGCAUCAGUGUCUCUGCAUCAGCUUCAACAUUGCCACUCUCAUCUCCUGAAAACCUUCGUGUGUCAGAGGAAUGGUACAACCGUUUCAGGGUCACCUGGGACCCACCUCAGUCUCCUACAGAGGGUUACAGGAUCAUCUACCAGCCCAUACAUGUUCAAGGUCGUGUUUUGGAGACGACUGUGGUUGAGGAUGUGAACUCCAUCCUUCUUCUUAAUCUACUGAGUGGGACAGAGUACAGUGUUCAAGUGACUGCUUCCUACUCUUCAGGACAAAUGUUCCUUGGCGUAUCUGGCUUGUCAACGUAUCAGGUGCGUUCCAACAGCAUGUGUGUUCAGUGGCAGCCUCUUCUACAUGCUACAUUGUACAGAGUCUCCAUACAGUCUACACUCAAUGGUCAGAGGCAGGAAGUGAACCUGGGAGGUGGAGCUUCCCGGCAGUGUUUCUAUGAUCUCACCCCUGGCAGCCAGUACCAGAUCAGCAUUUACACAGAAGUACAAGAAAUAGAAGGACCCUCUGUAUCCAUCACAGACAUGACAUUACCAGCACCCACUCAGGCUCCGACUGAACCACCCACCACAGAGCAGCUGCCCACGAUCCCACCUGCCAAAGAAGUAUGUAAGGAGGCAAAGGCUGACCUGGUAUUCCUAGUUGAUGGGUCCUGGUCCAUUGGAGAUGACAAUUUCUUGAAGAUCACUCGUUUCCUCUAUAGCACUAUGGGAUCAUUGGAUCUGAUUGGACCAGAUGGCACCCAGGUGGCCAUUGCUCAGUUUAGCGAUGAUGCACGGACAGAAUUCCAGCUGAGUUCCCAUGGCAACAAGGAAGCACUGCUGGAAGCUAUUCAGAAGAUCCGAUACAAAGGAGGAAACACCAAAACAGGUCGUGCCAUCAAACAUGUGAAAGAAUCAAUUUUCACCCAAGAAGCAGGAGCCAGAAGGGGUGUUCCUAAGGUUCUAGUUGUUCUGACUGAUGGACGUUCACAAGAUGAUGUCAACAAAGUGUCAAAGGAGAUGCAAAUGGAUGGCUAUAUCAUCUUUGCCAUCGGCUUUGCGGAUGCAGAUUAUGGGGAGCUGGUGAACAUUGCCAGUAAACCCAUUGAUAGACAUGUAUUUUUUGUGGAUGAUCUGGAUGCAGUAAAGAAAAUAGAAGAGGAGCUUAUUACUUUUGUCUGUGAGGCUGCCACUGCCACUUGUCCAUCUGUUUUGAUGAGCGGUAACACAAUGGCAGGUUUCAAAAUGAUGGAGAAGUUUGGCCUGGUAGAGAAGGAGUACAGCACCAUACCUGGAGUUUCUCUGGAGCCCGGUUCAUUCAACAGCUUCCCCUGCUACAGGUUACACCGGGACGCUCUGGUGUUACAGCCAACAAAGUAUCUUCAUCCUGAAGGUUUACCCUCUGAAUACACAAUUUCUAUGAUGUUUCGCUUGCUUCCUGAAACCCCGCAGGAACCCUUUGCUUUGUGGGAAAUCCUCAACAAGGACAAUAAUCCACUGGUUGGACUAAUCCUUGACAACUCUGGAAAGACGCUGACUUUCUUCAACCACGACUACAAAGGACAUUUUCAAACUGUUACCUUUGAAGGACCAGAAAUCAGAAAAAUGUUCCAUGGAAGCUUUCACAAGCUCCAUGCAACAAUCAGCAAGACAUCAAUAAAGGUGGUGUUGGACUGUUCUGUGGUGGGAGAGAAAUCAGUCUAUGCAGCCGGUAACAUCACCACAGAUGGAGUGGAGAUCCUUGGGAGGAUGGUUCGAUCCAGAGGCAGGCGAGACAGCUCUGCUCCAUUCCAACUCCAGAUGUUUGACAUCAUCUGCAGCACAUCCUGGGCCAGCAGAGAUAAGUGCUGUGAGCUGCCGGCACUGAGGGUUGAGGAGCAGUGCUCUCCUAUGCCUCACGCCUGUACUUGCUCCCAGGACAGCAAAGGACCUCCAGGACCAUCGGGACCACCUGGUGGUCCAGGCAUAAGGGGAGCCAGAGGAGACAGAGGAGAGCCAGGAGUGACGGGACCUCAAGGACCAACUGGAGAAAUUGGCCCUCCAGGACCUUCAGGACCACCUGGUCCUCAAGGACCCAGUGGAAUCUCCAUACAAGGACCUCCAGGGGCUGCCGGGGACAAGGGGGAAAGAGGAGAGACUGGACCUGCUGGACCAAUGGGUGUUGCUGGAAGUCCCGGUUCACCUGGGAGAGAAGGUCCGCCAGGAGUGAGGGUAACAAUGGACCACAGGGACAACAAGGACCUCCUGGACCUGUUGGAGCCCCAGGAGCUCCAGGUGCUCCAGGACCAGGGUCCUGCUGGUACCAAAGGCGAUAAAGGAGAAAGAGGUGAUGUGCAGUCCCAGGCAGCGGUGAGAGCUAUUGCACGGCAAUACCAGGACCACCUGGAGAGCCAGGAAGGAGAGGCCUUCCUGGUCCUCAGGGAGAACAAGGUCCUCCUGGUAGACCGGGCUUCCCCGGUACCAAUGGCCAGAAUGGCCGACCGGGGGACAGAGGUCUGGCUGGACAGAAAGGAGAAAGGGGCAGUCCAGGGAUUGGAAGUCAAGGACCCCGAGGACCACCUGGUCCUCCUGGCCUGCCAGGUGAAGGAAGGACAGGCAGCCAGGGUCCACCCGGUCGUCCAGGUGGCCCCGGAACAGCAGGCAGGCCGGGAAAUCCAGGAGCCACGGGACCAGCCGGUCCGCCAGGAUACUGUGACCAAAACUCGUGUUUGGGAUAUAACGUUGGAGUGCAACAGGACUAUGGGAAUGAUUACUAAGGAGCACUCUCCAAGCAUCGUCCCCCUCCUUCUCCUCGUCCUGAGCUCACCUCCCUUCCUGCCCUGGCAAAUAUGUUUUUAAACCUUUGCAGUCAUUCCUCAAGGCAGCCAUAUUUUACAAGGAAGGAUAAGCACUACUGAAACUCUGUGACAGUUAAAACUUGCAGCAGGGGCUUUUUAAAAUAUAUCUCACUUUGAAGGUUCAAAAUUAUUACAUUACAUAUUAAUUAUAGUGUACACUAGAUUUUUUAAGCUAAUUAUUCUUCAUCUUUUCUGAUUUUGCUGCAAUUUAAAAGCAAGUUGGACUUUCUAAAUAUAUGCCAACAUCGCUUUGUAUCCCAAUUUCUCUUGAGUGGUAAUUUUUAAAAACAUUAUCAACAACACACAUAUAUACAUGAAUCCCUAAAAUUAGUUUAAAUUCAGAUUUAUUAUCAGAUAGAUUCCUUGCUUGAAACACUUAUCGCUCGAUCACAAGAAUUGCUAAUGUACACUGUUUCACGACAAAAGCCCCCUCUACCCCUGCUUCAAGUUCAAAUUUCAUCAAAGCUAAUCACAUCUUUCAAAAACAGAUCAAUCUGUGAAAAGAUGAAUGGCUGAUGCCUUUUUAUUGCUGGACGCCGCCCGUUAUUGGUGCAUCUAACAUUUAUAAAUCUUCGAAAUUUUUUCUGGCUUAAACCGCAUUUCUAUUUACUUUGUCUGGGCAGUCUUUGAAAACUAAUUUGAUAAUCACUAAACAAGAAACGUUAAAGGCUGAAAACCGUUAAACCCCGCUGCAAAGCAGCAUCUCAGUCAGCAUGCCCCCCAUUUCUGCUGUGCCUCUGUCCACGGCUUACACAUUUGCUUUAAGUGGUGGUGGUGUCUAUUGUGGCUGCCGACCCAGAGCUUGCCUUAACCUCACUCCAAUCCAGAAGCACAAAAAUCCCGCUAACCCUAAAUAUUCCCACUGCUCCAGUUCAAUCCUUGCCCCAUGGCGGCUACCAGCCCUACAAUCCUCCACACAGACAGCCGCACAACCCUGCUGCAAUGAGGCACAACACCGGCCAGGGAGGAGGGGAGGAGGAGGAGGAGGAAGAGCAGGACCUUUAUAACCGUGCUUACCCCUCUCAGUACUAUCCACAUCAGACUUCUCAGUUGGCUCAUGGUCACCGUGGUUACCCCCCAAGCCACUCUGAGGAUGUGGAGCUGAGGUCACCAGGUGUUGCCAGGAGGUAUCCCCGUGAUGUCAUGGACGAGAAUGAGGAGGGAGGACUUGAGAGGAAGGACAGACUCACCUUAAGUGCUUGAGCCCUGCAAGCCACAACGUGCACACACACACACGCAUGCAUGCAACAAAUCUGACACUGACACGCACAUAUCUGUCACCACCCAUCCGAAACUGGUAAGAGCCCCCUUUCCUGCACCUCCAGUGGGUAUCACUACCAGAGGAGAAAUCGUGUAAAUAUCUCUGUGGAUUCUUGUAUGAUAUAUUUGUAUAAGGGUGGUCCGAAAAGUGCCUGAUCUAUGUUAUCCCUGUUCAGUGGUUAAUGUAACAAUAUUACCCGUUCCUUCCAUUUUACAAAUGCUUUCUUGGAAUAAGCUUUUCAUUUGCUGUGUCAGGCUGCAUGUCUCCUUUGAACCGGCCAACAAAUGCGUAACUGGACACAUGUUUUCUGUUUCUUGUUUUGGUUGUAACUAAUCUGAGCACUGCACAGUUAAAAAUCGCAUUAAAAAGCAUGCAGUAUUUGUUCGGGCUUUUAUAAUGAAUCUAUGUCCCUGAGCCCGAGUUAGAGACUGAGGCACCUGUGAAGUGCAGGACCAAACACCGCAACAACUUUUAAAACUUUGAAAUUGGGAACUGUUACAAUGUGUCCUGCAACUUAAUUCUGUCACAAAGCCGGCUGAUUUAUGUUUUAGGUUUUUUAUGCUGAAACUAAUGAACAAAUGUUAAUUUGUGUCUAGUCUUGCCACCCACAUUCUCCUUUUCUUGGGCAGAUUUGGGCUCACUUACUGUGGAAGAUAUGAGGUAGCUGUUCAUAAAACUAAUGUGAAAAUUGUUCCUCUUCUACAAUGCAGUUCUAACAAAAAAACAAAACAAA